AUGGCCGCAGCUGUCGCGUCUCUAUUCGGUUACAAGGACAAGCCUACCCUCGAUCACAAGGUUUCUCCCAUUGUAGAGCCACCCAAAGCUCUCCCUGCGUCAUGGUAUCGCUCCGAGGAGAUGUACGAGCUAGAACGCCGUGCUAUCUUCUCUAAGAAAUGGAUCUUAAUCACCCACAUAUUGCGCUUCACAAAGCCCGGAGACUUCCUUCGAUUUCAUGAAGCUGGAUUUUCAUUCUUUCUUUGUCAGGAUCGCCAGGGCACCGUAAAUGGAUUCCACAAUAUCUGCCGUCAUCGCGCGUUCCCUCUUGUUCAGGAGGAUGAAGGCAAUGUCAAAAUUCUGUCCUGCAAGUAUCACGGCUGGUCAUACGGCUUGAACGGAAAAUUAGCCAAGGCCCCGCGAUUCGACGACGUUGAAGGAUUCGAGAAGGAGAACCAGGGUCUCCUACCCGUGCACGUUCAUAUUGACAAACUUGGAUUCGUCUGGGUGAACCUCGAUUCAUCUCCCACCCCAGUCCCAUGGGAGGAAGAUUUCAAGGGAGUCGAUACGCAGGAACGAUUCCAGAAAUUCGAUUUCAGCAACUACAAAUUUGACCAUACUUGGCAGAUGGACGGUGAUUAUAAUUGGAAGACCCUUGCCGAUAAUUAUAAUGAGUGCUACCACUGCACUGUUGCCCACCCUGAUGUGGCCAAUUUGGCCGACUUGUCAUAUUAUUAUACGAUCUCGAAAGCCGGGCACAUUCAACAUUUCUCUCGACCGAAGGAGGAUAAAAUCGAAGAGGAUAUUCAGAAUGCUAGCACUUAUUAUUUCCCGAAUGCUUGCAUGACAGUCUCGCCCCAUUUCUUCUACAUGAUGCGCUGUGUUCCUACCUCCGUCGGAACAUGCUCUAUGGAGUAUGAAGUAUAUCGCCAGAAUGACGCUUCCGACGCGGACUUUGAGUAUAUCGAUAGCUUUUUCAAAAGGGUACUUGCCGAAGACAAAUAUUUGUGCAAUGCGGCUCAGAAGAAUCUCAAUGCUGGCAUAUUUGUGAACGGGCAGCUCCACCCUGAAUUGGAGAGCGCACCUCUUUUCUUCCAAAAUACCGUUCGCUCCCUCGUCACAUCCCACCGAAAGGAGGAGCAAAAAGAAAGCAGAGAAAUAUGGCCCGCCCGUCAAAAUCCAGCAGGUUCAACAACAACGGAAGAUAUGGAAUUUUGCUCUGGGCUUGCAUGUUCAGCAGAGGGGAAGAGUGAACUGGACUGGUAG